AUGCUCAGCCCAGUCUACGCUCCCUUCUUUGGUGCCAUUGGAUGUACCGCAGCCAUCGUAUUCACCUGUUUCGGUGCCUCUUACGGAACCGCUAAGUCGGGUGUCGGUGUGUGUGCCACCUGUGUCUUGAGACCAGACUUGUUGUUUAAGAACAUUGUGCCAGUCGUUUUGGCUGGUAUUAUCGCCAUUUAUGGUUUGGUCGUCGCCGUGUUGGUGUCCGACUCCUUGAAGCAGACCCAGGCCUUGUACACCGGUUUCAUCCAGUUGGGUGCCGGUUUGUCUGUCGGUUUGUCCGGUUUGGCUGCUGGUUUUGCCAUUGGUAUUGUUGGUGACGCUGGUGUCAGAGGUACCGCUCAACAACCAAGAUUGUUUGUGGGUAUGCUUUUGAUUUUGAUUUUCGCUGAAGUCUUGGGUUUGUACGGCUUGAUUGUUGCUUUGUUGUUGAACUCUAGAGCCGCCCAGGAUGUUAUCUGUUAA